AUGGCACCGGUUCUCCGGACCCGGGCCGUCACAGACAGCCAAGCUGGCAGAGGCCGACGGUGGGAGUUGGGACUCCAUGAGCUCUUUGCGAUGCCUCAGAGCCUUCUUCAGCUCGACGUGGUCAGCUAUGGCGUCGGUGGUACUUGCUGUGCCCGAGCCGGCCGCUGGGUGGAGGCUUUGCAGCUGCUGGCCGCCAUGCCCGGAAGACGCGUGCGGGCCAAUGCCGUCUGCCUCAACACGAACAUCACUGCCUGCAGUAGAAGCAGUUUUUGGCGCCUUGGGCUGGGACUCCUGUCCAAGAUGCCUCCCUCGCACAUCCUGCCCACGGUUGUCAGCUACUCCGCAGGAGUCGGCGCGCUGGAGGAAGGUGGCGAGUGGAGUGCGGCGUUGCAGCUGCUGUGGGAGAUGCCUGGGACACAGCUUGAGGCCAAUACAGUCAGCUUCAAUGCAGGCAUCAGUGCUUGUGAAGAGAGCAACUCCUGGAGAUGGGCAGCCGCUUUGCUCUCGAAGUUGCAUGAAGCCUCAGUCACCGCAACGGUCAUCAGCUUCAAUGCCCUGGUGUCUGCCAUGCGAGGGAAGCGGGGGGGGUGGCCGCAGGCCCUGCAGGCGUUUUCUGAGAUCCGGGCUAGAGUCCUUGCCCCAACCGCGGUCAGCUAUAAUGCUGCCAUCAGCGCCUGCGAGAAAGAGGGAUGUUGGCAGAUGGCACUCGAGCUCAUGGCCAGCAUGCGCCUCGCAAGCCUGCAGCCCGACGUCAUCACCUUCAGUGCCAUCAUCAGCACCUGUGAGAAGGGUGGCCAAUGGGAGUUUGCCUUGCUCCUGUUGUCUGCCAUGUCAGGCGCAAUGAUUCUUCCGGAUGUUUUCACUUUCAGUGCCUCCAUCAGUGCGUGUGAGAAGGGCGGGGAAUGGCAGGCUGCCCUCCAGCUCUUGGCCCAGCUCUCACUUUCCACGGAGCCGGAUGUCGUCUGCCUUAGCUCUGCUGUGAGUGCCUGCGAGAAGGGCUCACAGUGGCAGGCGGCCCUGCAGAUUCUUUCGGAACUACCAGCCUCUACAGUAAGAGCGAACACCAUCACGUUCAACGCCGGCCUUAGCUCACUGGAGAAACGCGGGAAGUGGCGAAUGGCGCUGCAUCUGCUUUCAGAGAUGUCGGCGCAGCGUGUAGCGAGGACGCCAAUCAGCUUCAAUGCCAGCAUAAGUGCUUGUGAGAAAGGCCGACAGUGGCAGAGGGCCAUUUGCCUGCUGCUGGACAUGUUGGCCGCGCGAAUUCGAGUCAGCGCUGUCAGCGUUGCGCCGCUUUUGAGCGCCUCCGUGCACGCCUCGCAGUGGGCGGUGGCACUUUGCCUGUACGUGGACAUGCUCCAGGCCUGGAUCGCCCCAGACGCUGUCAUCUGCGAGUCCGCCUUGUCUGCCUGUGAGGAAGGCGGGCAGAGCCGCUUCGCGGCACGGCUCCUCCAUGAGAUGCCCGCCAUGACGGCCUUGAAAAGGGAAGGGCGCUGGGAUGAGGGCCUUCUACUCCUGGAAAGCAUGGGCGACAGCCGGCUAAAGCCGGAUGUGAUCAGCGGCUCUCGAGCUUCUGUCGGAGACUGGGUCAUUGUUGAAAUCACAGUUUAUGCAUAUCUAUUCUUAUGA